AUGACACAAACCGUCACACCCGCAGCCAAAGGCGAGGUCUCGUCUGACCCACGGGUCCCAUCCCCAGCGCCAAGUUCCCCAACGCCAUGCGGAGGUCACGAAGGUUCUCCGCCACUGGACUGCAACUGGUUCAUCUGGCGGGUGGAUAAUUUCGCUGAUAUUGAGGAGAAAUGCUGCGGUGACUGGUGCGAACCCUUCUACCUGGGUCAGCCAGGCUAUCGAAUGCAGGCCAAAAUCGAGUUCUCCACCUACAUGUUCGGUGCCUAUAUAAGGCUAAUAUGCGGUGAUUAUGAUGCCUGCCUGCAAUGGCCUUUCGAUCGCGAUGUAUACUUUUCGAUCCUGGAUCAAACCGGUUGUGCCAACCACAUUGUCCGAGUACUCCGGCCCUACCCCUGUGACUCAGACGAGAAAGGCAUCUGGGAUCGGCCAAAAGCUGGGGAGUGCGAAAAGCAGAUCGGAUGGGGCCUGCCAGAUCUGGGAUUACGAUCACUCUUCUGCACCAAAAUGGGGAAACCAUCUGCCUACCUGCGCAAUGACACACUCUACAUUCAAAUCAGCCUUGGGAAGACACCACCCUGUACAGACGUGAGUUGA